CAUUCUUCUCAUUCAUUCUUCAGGGCUCAAUGAUUCUCCAUUCCCUCAUCAAAUACUGAGCCCUUUAUUUAAACUUUUUUUUUUUCCUAUAAAACCAAAAAUAAAAAUUGAUCAUUUUUAUUUUCUCACAUCUCAAAAAUCAUUUACGAAGUAACAAAUUAAACAUUAUCUUCCAACACAUAAUACAAUAUGGCGUUUUCUCCAGACCUCAGCAAGAGCACAAAGCUAGAAAGGUACAACAGCUACCUACGGCGCGUGAACAACACUAAGCUAUUAGCCGCCUCGUCGAAGCUCCUAUUCCGAGUAACCCUCCUCGUGGCGCUCCUCCUCGUAUUCUUCUUUACUCUCAACUACCCAAUCGGCGGUGGUGACUCGCAGAAUGCGUCAAUCCACACGACGAGCCGAUUCUUCUCGUCGGGUUUCUACGGGACUGGCGCAGCCUGGGAGAAGCAGGUGCGCCAGUCCUCAACCCCGCGGCGCCCUAACGGAUUUUCAAUACUCGUUACGGGCGCCGCAGGUUUUGUCGGCACCCAUUGCUCCCUCGCCCUCAGAAAAAGGGGCGACGGAGUAUUGGGACUCGACAAUUUUAACAGCUACUAUGACCCAUCACUUAAACGGGCAAGACAAAAGUUAUUGUCAAGGAACCAAAUCUUUAUAGUGGAAGCAGAUCUAAAUGACACCCCAAUGUUGAACAAGUUGUUUGAUAUAGUCCCAUUUACCCAUGUGCUACAUCUUGCGGCUCAAGCCGGGGUGCGUUACGCUAUGAAGAACCCUCAAUCUUAUGUACAAUCUAACAUUGCUGGCUUCAUCAACCUUUUAGAAGUGGCUAAGGCCGCGGUCCCACAACCCGCGAUUGUUUGGGCCUCCUCGAGUUCUGUUUAUGGACUUAAUAAGGAUAAUCCGUUCUCGGAAAUGGACCGGACCGACCAACCGGCUAGCCUCUAUGCUGCUACUAAAAAGGCUGGGGAGGAGAUAGCCCAUACUUAUAACCACAUUUAUGGGCUUUCUCUUACUGGGCUUAGGUUUUUUACUGUUUAUGGGCCGUGGGGCCGACCGGAUAUGGCCUACUUUUUUUUCACCAAGGACAUUUUGCAAGGGAAGCCCAUUAAUAUUUACAAGACCCAUGAUGGGACCGAGGUGGCACGUGACUUCACGUAUGUCGAUGACAUCGUGAAGGGUUGUGUCGGGGCGCUAGACACGGCGGAGAAGAGUACCGGGAGUGGUGGCAAGAAGCGAGGGCCGGCUCAAUUGAGGGUGUACAAUUUGGGUAAUACUAGCCCUGUUGGGGUUGGGAGACUAGUUUCUAUCUUGGAAGGGUUAUUGAAUGUGAAGGCUAAAAAACAUGUGAUCACAAUGCCAAGGAAUGGAGAUGUGCCCUUCACACAUGCUAAUGUUACCUUGGCACGUAAGGAUUUCGCGUACAAGCCCACCACGGACUUGGCUACCGGUCUUAGGAAGUUUGUAAAGUGGUACGUUAGUUAUUAUGGUGUCCAACCGAAGGUAAAAAAGGAUAUUCCCUCUGAAGCCGAGUAAUCAAUCUAAGACGUUCAUCAUGGUUAUAUGGUUAUUAUACGCCCGAAUAGUUCAUAACAAAGAACAUGGGCACCUCUCUUUUUAAUUCAUUUAGAUUUUUUAUUUAAUUGCUUAAGGGGAUGGAUGAUGUUGUACUAUAGAUAUAGAAACUUUUAAGUGUUCAUAUAUAAGAUUAUUACUAUUAUUAUUAUAGGAAAAAGGGAAGGAGGGAGAUUGAUAAGUGUAGAUCAUGGAGAGGUAAUAAUGAAAUUUGGAUCCAGCCAAAAAAAAAAAGAAAGAAAAAUAUUGUAAAGCCUAGAUGAUCUUGUUGGGGAAUGAUCUACUUCAAAAGUGGAGUAGAUGAUAAACCAAAAAUAGUUGAUUGUAUGUCAAAGUCAAUUUGGAAUUAUAACAGAAAUGAAAGAACAACUAUGACAUCAACCA